UAUUAUUAUUUUACCAUUAAAAAAUAAACCUUGGAAGAAGUAUCUUUGAUUAUCGCUUUCGGUGCAUAUAUAUUGAAUUCUUACGAUCCUUUUAUUUUCCCUCUCCUUAGUUUUCUCCUUUUUCUUUUUGUUUUCUUGUGAAUUGAAUCAUCCCCUCCAUCUCCUAUUGUCUCAUCGUCUUCUUCAUCAUUGUUCCUCCGUUUCUUGCUUCGAAUCUCCAUUUUCUUUGCUUAGCUUUAACUCCAAAUCUUCUCGAUUCUGCUUUUUACUUCUCUUUCCGAAUCAAGGCUCUGUUUCUUCUUCGUCCCGGCCAUUGUUUCGGUUCUUGAAUGUGCAGAGGAAGACGGGUUCUUGAAGAAGACAGUUAUGGCGAUCGACGUCUGUUCCUCAGAGUCUCCGAGUUCUGGAAUCAGUCCGAGGAUAUCUUUCUCGUACGAUCUUGAUCAGGCGGGCGGCGAAGAAGUCAGAUUGGAUUCGGAUUCGGAGUUCGAUUUCUGCGUUGGCUCGAGUUGCUCCGUUCAAGAACUCUCCUCGGCUGAUGAGUUGUUCUCCAAUGGCAAGAUUCUUCCUUUCCAGAUCAAGGAAGACAAACAUUUUGCCCAGAAACCAUUUCUAAUUCAACGAACAUCACCACCAUCAUCAUCAUCGUCAUCGUCAUCGUCCUCUUCUUCGUUCUGCAACCAGAAACCAACAGAGAAGAAGAGACUGAAAGAGCUCCUUCUGAAUCCCGACCCAGAUCUCGACGACAAGCCCUCGUCAUCUUCAUCGUCAAGAUUGUUUUUGCAGUUCAAGAGAAGCAUAAGCCUAAACUACGACACAACUCGAAGCAAAGGGCUCAUCAGAUCGCUGCAGUUCCUCUCACGAAGCAACUCCACUGGCUCUGCACCAAGCCCUAAACCUAACUUGCUUCCCAAGGAAACCCGCCAUCACAACAAGAACCAGAAUCCUCCUAGACGGCCAUCACUCUUGAGAAGAUCAUCUUCCCUCUCAAAUUCAGCCGCAAACUGUUCAUAUCACUCGAUCUCAACCCAGAAGCCACUUCACAGGAACAGCUUCGGAGCUUAUAACAACAACGGCAACGGAGGAGUUCGAGUGAGUCCUGUCCUGAAUUUCCCGCCGCCGACGUUCAUGUCCAAUGCAACUGUCGGAUUCUUCGGCCUCGGAUCUCUCUGUACUGGUAAGAUGAACAAGAGAAACAAGAUGAUAUAGCAUUUCCUCUGUUUCUUUUCUUACGGGAGACGGCAAAAAUGUUUUCCAGCUUGUUUAAUUGAUGGAGUAUUGACGGUACAUGUGGGGUUAUGUAGCAUGUGACCAUUGUCUGUAAAUCCCAAAAAUGAUUAGUAUAUACUGUCGAACAACAAUGAACGAGCUGAGGUGAUUAGAUCUCGGCAUUGUAAUAAUUAAAAAAAAAAACGGAAUAUAUUA